UCCGCCCUUCCCCCCACUUGUCCCCUAGCUCCGCCGCGAUAAAGUCUUGUAGCCGUUGGAGAUCAAAAUCACCAAGCAAUCCCAUCCCCCGCGGCGCCCCUUCCCCCCCAAUUCUCCGCCUCGAAUUCACCCUCUCUCUCUCUCUCCCCCCGAAUCCACAGAUCGAGAUGGCUGCGGCGACGGCGAGGUCUCCGUCCCCCGGCCCCGGCGCGAGGCCGGGCUGCGCCGUUAGGAGGAGCGCCGACUCCAGCCCCGCCGCCUCCCCCUGCGAUUUGGCGGCGCUGAGGAGCUCCGUGGUGUGCAGGAACGCGUCGCCGCGGGCGUCGUGGUGCGCGGAGAAGGAGAACAGCGGGCAGCGCGACGCGGCGGCGAGGGCGGCGGCGGCGCCCAAGCCCGCUCGCCCCGCGGCCGGCGCCGCGAAGAACUUCAUGGCGCCGACCAUCUCCGCGGCGUCCAAGGCCUCGCCAAGGAAGAAGGUGCUCGGGGAGCGCAACGAGCAGCAGCAGCUCUACCCCGUGGCCUCGUCCCCCGUCAAGCCCAUGGCGUCCGAGGCGGGCGCCCCGCGACGCCUCCGGCUCUCGUUCGAUGGGGCGCCCAAUACUGCCCCACCCGCCGCAUCCACGCCGGUCACCGCGGCGGCCGGCUCCAGGCACUCGUUCGGCGGGGAGGAGGAGCGGAGGGUGGAGAAUCCCCCGUGCAAGAACCACCACCACGCCACGGCCUUCGACGACGCUGCUUCCGCGGAGGCGGACCAGGGUGCGGCUCCGUACGAUCCCAGGACGAACUACCUGUCGCCGAGGCCUCGGUUUCUGCACUACAAGCCCAACCCCCGCAUCGAUCUGUACCGGCAAGGCAGCAGCGGUGGCGUGAGGCGGCUCGAGGACGGGUUCGCCUCCGAGAGCAGCGAGGAAACCGUCACCACCACCACCACCACCAGCAGCGAGGAGGAGGUGGUUCUUGUAGACGAAGAACAACAAGCGCAUCUGUCGUCUGAGCUCGGAGAUGGCGCCGCUGUUCCCGCGGCUGAUGCUUGUGCCCUGCCGCUGGAGCCUGCGUCGGGUUCACCGCGGGCUCGCGUGCUGACGCCAGAGCCAGCGACGCGUUCCCCGCGCGCUCGUGUCCAGACACCGGAGCCGGAGCCUACGGCGAGCUCCGAGCGAGCUCGUCGUCCCAGGAAGAGGUCUUCCCUGAGGUUCCUGGUUGCUCCCCUUGCGCUGGUCGUGUUCAUGGCUGCUGCUCUCAUCUGCGUGCCGCCGCCGCCGGUGGAUUCUCCGGUCAUGCCGCUAACCGCCCUGUCGAAGGUGUCGGACUUUCUGUCAGUUCAAGAAUUGCAUCCUGUGGAGUUGGCUGCUUGGCUGAAGCAAUGGUCAAGCAGUUCGUUGAAUCUGGUCACAUCCUACUGGGAAUCCCUUGUUUGGGCGCAAGAGCAAGAGUUCUUUGGUCCGCACUUCGCAGCCAAUUUGAGUGCUGCAACUGCAAGUGCGCACGAGGGUGUUGAUCUCUACUGCAACUUUGUUGAAACAAGGCCAGUUCUAAUGGAAGAUAUCGGUGCCAGUGCCUUUGAGCAGGAUUCCAAGAUCCAGGAGGCUGUUUCAGCAAGUGAUUCUGAGUUGAUUUCAGAGAUCAGUGAUGUGGAGCAAGAAGAUAUCACUGAUAAGGGAGAUGUGAUCGAUGAUGGGUUCUUAGCAGAGGAGCUUAAUGUUGAGAUGCCGGAAGAAGACGCUGAGAUGUCACAAGAAGUUUCAGGUAGCAAUGGUGAAGAGAUGGCAUCCUUCAGUCAGGAUCUGGAGCCCUCCCAACCUGCAGGAGAAGCUGAGCCACUAGAGAACAUUGAAACUAGCACUUCUUCCUUGAAGCAGGAUGUUCAGACUGAUGAUUCUGAGGGUGAUCGUGCUGCCGACGGAGAGGAGAGCCCAGAGGCGGAUCAUGGAAUGAAGUCAGAAUUGGGGAUGUGGCCAAGCUACCUGGACAAAAUCUCAAAGCCUGCUGCUGCUGGCGCAGCUCUGGCUGCCGUCAUUGUUCCAGCUGCACUGGCCUUCCUCCUCAUGAGCAAGAAGCAAGAUCAGGCUGUCGCAAAUGCUGCCGCUGAGGCACCAGCUGAUCAAGCUGAACCGGUUGUCGAGAAGACCCUAUCUGGUUCGGGGAGCAGCGAGGGUCAUCUUCGUGUGAAGGGUUCACAGCUUCAGACUCCUCCUGUGGCAGAUGAAACCGAGAGAUUCGGCGGCGGCUCCGGCGCUUCGAUGUAUAGCAGCAGCUUGUCUUCUGGCUAUGGCAGGAGGAAGAGUGCCAAGGAGGACGAGAGCCUGAGCCUUGAUCCAGUGUCCAGGAGGGAUUCUGCCGCGCAACCCACAUCGUCCUAUGGUAGUUUCACCACCUACGAGAAGAUCCCUGCCAAGAAGAGAAACAAGGAUGAUGAGGCGGUGACCACCCCAGUCCGGCGUUCCAGCAGGUUGAGGAAUCAGGUUAAAUCACCGGAGGCGUAAAGAUGGGCAGCCCCAGUGCUAACUACGAUCUGUAGGGGACCUAACUAUCAGCUUGAUUUUAGCACUUGCUGCUUUAGCUUAACUGCUCCUCAGCUUUCAUUGACAUUGCUUUAGCACUUGAAUUCGACUGAUGUAUGAUGAUAAAUAACAGCUCUCUGCUGUUCUUUUCAUCGAAAAAUGGAUUACGAUUUCUGUUUUUUCCCCCCUUCUUUUUAGUUGUGUCUGUUGAGAUGACUGCUUUCGUGCAGCUUUGUUAUGUUUGCUACCUGAAUAUGAAUGUAUUAAUCCAGGACAUCGCUUUGUUACCA